AAAGGGCCUACAUGUGAAUCAACGUGGUCCCUCACAUGUAAAGUAAAUGGCUAGCAAGCUUUUCCUGGAUGAUCAUUGAAUGGUUUUUGGGGCACAAGGUUUUCAUAUCCAGGGCUUUUAUUGACUCCUUAGAAGGGAGAAACCCUGCCAGAGAACCCUCAAGAAACAAGAGGCCAGGGCUACAGGUUGUUGCAGUAGCGGAGGCAAAGAUCAGGCUGCUGGAUAAUAGAAUGGAGAUAGGGAGUUUUACUAGGGAUGAAGAAGGAGCUCUCAAUGUGGACAUCCCAAAGGUAACAAACAAGCCAGGCCCACUAAGCAUCCCUAAUCGGACCCAAGAGGUUGGUGGGACACCUACCCUUAAUAGGCAGGGCAGUGGAAAGAUGAAUUGCCUUUGUUCCCCUACAACCCAUGCUGGCUCCUUCAGGUGUAGGCACCACCGCAACCCCACACCCUUGCAACGAACCAAGAGUGACGAUCUUAAAGUCGAGAUGAUCAAUUGGAGGGUUUUACCAUACUCAUCACAGAGGGCUUAGGUGCGGCUGAGGACGUGCCGAAUGCUUUUACGUUCUCGAUCCGGGGAAGUAGGAUUCGAAUCCACAAAUUGGAGCUGAGCUAAUUGCCGGUUUUAAGGGGUACUUUGAUCUUCAUUGGGUGGAGAUUCCUCUUCUUCUUCGACUUCUUCAACAGCUUGGUGCCAUUGUGCCUGCUGAUCAAACUUCAUAUCCUUGCUUUCAUGUGGUGAAUCACUGGAUCUAUGCAUCGAUAUGUUUUUCUUUGCAAUGAAUAUCCAACGAAAAUACACUUAUGGCUUUAGAUUAAAUUUGUCACGAUCUUCAUGACUGCGCUUUACAUAGGCUAUACAUAUGAAACAUGCAAAUGUGUGAUAUCCAAUUUCUUCUUGUAGAUUAGCUGAUAUGUCACCUUCAUUUCAUCUGAUUGAUUAAGUACAUUGCAUUGUGCAUUGCUUCAACCCAAUAUACAUUUAGGUAUAUUCUUUUCAUUCAACAUUGCAUGAGCAACUUCCACGAUUCGUAAGUACCAGCUGCACUAAUUGUUGAGAGUCAUCACCGACUUUAGCACACGUCGGAGGGGCUGGCCCAGCAAGAGCAGUGAAAGCCGCACUGGACUCUAAAACAAUCAAUAUAAGGUGCACUAAUGUCAAUUUAGUACCAAAUUUAAAGCUUUAAAAAUAAUGCAGAUCAAGCAGAUCUAUUAAUAUUUGAUAAUCAUAAAAAUUGAAGGUCUAGAUAAUUUACCAAAUGCACUAUUCCAAGACUUGGAGUCUUUUUUUUUUUUUUUUUUUAGGAUUAUAUAUCUCAAAGUCGAGAUGAUCGAAUUUGAGGGUUCUUCGACAUAGAAAAACCUUUUUCUAGAAGUGCACUUUAAUUUGAUUGUUUAGGGCCUCAGCCGUUAUAUAAACUUUUUCCUUUGUUUUUACUUAGUUUUUGGAUAUAGUAGGAGUCCUAAUUUAAUUGAGUUAUAUUUUGGUGGGAUAAACUUAGCCCUUUAUGAGUUAAGAAUGAGGGACCGCCUAAAUUUGAAUAUUUGGAUAAGCUUUAGGUAGGAAUGGGAUUGAUUUGGAGUUGUACUAGAGUUAUCUUAGGAAUAGGAUUUCAUUUCUUUGAGGGCUUAUAAAUAGGAGAUGUUGAAUUUUUAGUACGAGUCAUUUGGAAGGUGAGCGAGUGAGACACACUGUAGAGAGAGAUAUAUAUAUAUAGAGGGAGAGAGCAUCAUCGAAAGGCACCGAUGCUGGCGUUAGUUGUAGAGAGAGAAAUUGUAGAGGGAGAGGGGUAUUUUUGUUUGUGUAUUUUUUUAUUUAAUUAGGAUAAGAAAAUUUUAUUAUCUUUCUGCUCUCUAAGAUCCUCUCAAGAUUGAUUUGAGGGAUGAUAAGAACUAGGGUUUAAAAGCUGUUCACUUGGUGAAUAAAAUAUCAUUUAAAAAAUUCAAAUAAACGAAGAUACCCAAUUGUUUCUUUAUGAGGAGAAUGUGUUCUCGAUGAUUUUCUUUCUGUAGAUUCUCUCAGAGUCCCUCAUUUGAUCGUGGUCCGAUUCCGAUAACCCGUCAGAUUCGGGUGAUCGCAGAGUCAAAUUGGGCUCCAUUGAAAUUUUUUUAAAACAAAAUAAAAAAUUAGGAGGAAUGGGCUAAUACAAAAUUGCUCACCUCCGAUCCUGAUGAAAUUUAGCUUUGUUCUUUCCAGGUGCUCUCUCUUGUAGACAUGUUCUAUACUUAGAAAAGGUUUUAACAAACAUACCUAGGUGAAAAGAAAAUGUUUUAAAAAUACCUAGGUUGAUUGGGUGGUUAAGCGUGGAAACCUACUUUUUCUUGGAACAGAGUUAACUCUUUAAUCAUCGACAAAACCAAAUCGAUUCCACAGUCAUAUCGCUGUGUAGGAAGAGACCAUUGAGAGUAUUUUCUCUCAUUAAAAGGAGGACACCACCCAAAUUCUUCAUGCAAACUGCAUACCACAGGAAGAUAAUCUUGAGAGUAUUUUCUCUCAUUAAAAGGGAGAUACCACCCAAAAUCUUCAUACAAACUGCUUCUUUACAAGAGACCAACCCAAAAUCUUCAUUAGACCGCUUCUCUACAAGAAACCCAAAUUACUCACCUCCAAUUCCGAUCCAAUGUAGCUUUGUUCUUUCCGGGUCUUUUUCCCUACUCUCUCUUGUGGACAUGAAGUUUGACUCUCGAGGUUUUCUCAAAUAAAAUUUCAAACUUACGAAAGGUUUUAAAAAACAUCAAGCUGAAUUGUGUGAGUGAGCUUGAAAACCUACCUUUUGUUAGGAUUUAAAACCCUCUUAGACGUGGAAAUAGGAUUCCCAAAAAGUUGGAUCCCAUUGGGACAUGUACUUAUUGAACUAAAAACAAAAUAAAAAAGAAUACGAGCCAAGUAAUCUACAUCCACUGGCAUGAUAACUAGAAAUCUAAUAUACUAGCAAAACUUACAUCAUAGAUUUUGAAACACAAAAUUAUCUCCGUAAUUAUUGACAAAACCAAGUCGAACAACCUUUUUAGACUCGGUCUUUUGACUAGCAUCGACCACUAAUCUACUAUCUCUAUUCUACAACCAAACCACUAUCCAAAAAGAGAUACAUUUCAAUUCCACAACCAUAUCAAUAUCCAGCUACACACAUGGGUGAGGUUUAUAUAAGGUUACCUCAUUAUAUUGUAGAAUUAAGGCGUAACUCUAAAAUUUGCUUAGAGAUGGCAUUCCGACAUCCAAAACCUUAUGAUAGCAUUAAAAUCUAUUUUUAUCCCUAGUUAUAUAAAUUUGAAAAAUAAUAUUAAUCAAGACAAUCAAGAAAA